CUCUCAUGUGUUUUCAUCCAGAUGGGUGGGCCUAGUUAAAGAAUCCGUCUGUAGACGUGGGGGAGAGCGGGAGAGCAAUGGGAGUGUUGUUCUCGCAAAAGGAAACAGCCAUUUAGACGAUCAUGAAAAAAACAACCCUUCUUCAAGAAGUAAAAAAAACUGGCCUUUCCACCUACUGGAAACCUAGAAAUUAAGAGAAAGGGAAAAGGAGGAGCGUAGUAUGAGUGGAAAAGACUGAGGGAUCAACAGAGCGGAGGAGAGGAGUACAGUUGAAGCUGGUCAUAUCAGUUUUUCCAUUGACCGGAAUCUUUUAAGGUUUCUCCAGUGACUCAGAGGGACUGUCCGGCACUAUGGCCUACCUGCUGAUGUUUGUGACCCUGCUUCAUCUCAUCACACUGGCUGUCCUUUUCAUUGCCACCAUGGAGAAGUCAUGGUGGGUGUGGUCCAACACUGAGAGCUCAGAUCUCUGGUACAACUGCAAAUUUGACAAUGAAAAAGAGACAUGGUUCUGUGAAUCAUCAAAAGAAACGGAGUGGCUCCAAGCUGUCCAGGUUCUCAUGGUCUUCUCUGUGGUCUUCUCCUGCAUCUCAUUGCUCGUUUUCCUUGGCCAGCUCUUCACCAUGUCUAAAGGUGGACUCUUCUACCUCACUGGUAUCUGCCAAGCAUUUGCAGGUCUCACAACCUUUACGGCAGCACUCAUCUACACCCUGCACAACAAGGAAAUCCUUGAGGACCCCAGAGAAUUGAGCCUGGGACAGUUUGGCUACUGCUACAUUUUGGCCUGGAUUUGUGUGCCUUUGCUAAUAUGGAGUGGAAUCAUGUACAUCCAUUUGCGCAAAAGGGAGUAGCUUCACAGUUUGUUGAGUUAAAAGAGAAAAACUGUAAGUCUCAUGUUGAAAGCAUUCCAUGUAGUAUAUAUUUAUAUAACCUUGACUAUAUGGAUCAUUCUGCUGAAGUGGUUUGAAACACAUUUUGGACUUUUGGAAUUUUGGACUAAAUCCUAAAUCCUGCACCUUAAUUAUGUUUAUUUUUUGUUAAAACAAACGAUUGAACAUUACAUUUGUCACAAACAAAGCAAUCAAAAUACAACCCAAACUUUACAGAAUAUUUUGGUAGUGACAAUUUUAGCUAAUUUUGAGCUUGAAAAGUGUACUUGACUGCAGAAAAUAUGUUUUGGUAGUGAUAUUUCAUGUUUCACACAGAUUUUUAGACUUUGGGACAGGGAUGCAGUCACACUGCCUGCUCUACAAUGCAGGGGUGUGGCUAAAAUAAUGGGCUAAAGCUCUUUGUGUUUUGGUAAUGACAGGGGCAGCAUUUUUGGAUAAAGUUUUUUUUUUAUUUAAAUAAUAAUACAGGAUACACAAAAAUGUAAGUAUUAAUUUCACAACUUGAAAACCCUUUUCCUUGAAAGGGUUUGGUACAGACCCCUCCCAACAGAAAGUAACCUAUUUUUGUGCAUAUUUAUCUUAUUACUAUCUCAGUUACCCCAGUUUAAAUGGAUCAUAACAGAAUCCUUGUAAAUGUCUGUGAAUGCUCCUUUUUUCAGAUCAGCAGUUUGAACUAAUUCUCUUUUUGCAUAUCGCCUGAUUAAGUGGACAGUAUCCUAAGCAGAACUGUAGACAUUACAUAUACAGAGGGAACUACAUUCUUUCCAUAUAGACAAUAUAUAGACUAACUUCAUAUUCUUUUGUAUUUCCAAUAUGAGUGAUAUUUUUCUAUACCAUGAUAUUACUCUUUAUAUAUGCUGUAAAGAGAAUCUGUAUUUUUUACGAAUAAAACCUGAUAAAAGUGAA